AUGGCCAAUCCAACUGUGCUUCACUCACAAGUUGUAAAAAGGGUGAUGCGUUAUGUGAAGGGCACUGUGAAUUUGGGGAUAUUCUAUAAGAGAAAAGGUGAUGAGAAGUUGCUGGCUUAUACUGAUAGUGAUUACGCAGGUGAUAUCAAUGAUCGAAAGAGCACAUCUGGCUUUGUGUUUUCGUUGAGUGGUGGAGCUGUCUCACGGAGCUCAAAGAAGCAACCUAUUGUCAUAUUGUCAACCACCGAGGCAGAAUAUGUUGCAGCAGCUUCAUGUGCUACUCAAGGAAUAUGGAUGAAGAGAGUAUUGGAUAAGCUCGGUCACACUCAAGGCAAAUGUAUCACAAUUUUGUGUGAUAGCAGCUCAACAAUCAAGUUGUCAAGAAAUCCAAUCCUACAUGGUCGAAGCAAGCACAUCGACGUUCGUUUUCACUUCUUGCAUGAUCUAACAAGAUAUGGUAAAUUGAAGCUGGUUCAUUGUGGUUCUCAUGAUCAGGUAGCAGACAUUAUGACCAAGCCUCUUAAACUUAAUGCAUUUGUAAAGCUGAGAGAGCUGCUUGGGGUUUGUGAUGUUCCAAGUUUAAACUGA